UGUUUAUACUUAUUUAGAACUAUGAUAUAUCGGGUCUUUACUGUUUAUUUACCUGAUGAACAUUUAACAUGGGGACCUCUGUAGUAUAUCUAUAUGUAUAUACCAGAAUCAUUGGAGUUCCUUAUAUCUACCUAUUUAUGAAUGGCUGCAGUACAUGCCGACUGUCCCUAGCUGACAUAGCUAAUGGCUAUAGCAAACAUCGGCAUCUGUUUCUAUUGCUAAAAGCAGGCGUAUUAUUAGCAAAACUUGGAGAGAUGUUUUAAGGAGAGUAAACUAUACCAUUUCUUGUACCUAGUUUCAUAAUAUAUGUUUGGUUAUGCUUAAUGAAUGAUUGUGAUAGAUAACAAUAAAAAAUGCCAUGCUGCACCACAUACAAAUAUUUUCACUGGUAAAAACUAACCUAAUGUUGUUUGAAGUUUAUGGCUAUACACAAGAUGUGGUAACAUUAUUUUUAUCUUUUGUAUAAAAUAUGGCUAUAUAAGAUUGUAGAUCCUAGAGGCAAAUAUAUUGUUGUAACCAUGUAGUAUUGCUCAGUUUUUAAUUUUAGUGAAUAAGUCAUUUCUAUCAUAAAUUUGUAAAUAUUUUAUUUUGUGAAUUGACUUUUGGUAUUUCUAGGAUUUUCAUGUAGACAUGAAAUAAGGUUUGUGAAAUAGUGUUGUUGCCUGUUGUUUAUAUCCACUAUGCAUGCAAAAAUGUAUCCAUUUUCCUUGAUGUAAAAUCAAAGUAUUUACCCAGAAUCAUGUCCAUUCGUUUCAUCUUAUUAUUUUAUGUAUAUAUAUUUUAUAUAUUCAAUUUUUAGAAAAAAACACUUUUUCUGAAUAUAUAUUUAUAAAAGUUGUAUCCAUGGCUUUAUAUAUCUUAUUUGGAUAAAUAUUGGGGCAUAUAGUAUGACUAUGAAAGAUUGUGAAAUUCACCCCAUUUAUCGGCAAGAACUGAAAAACUUGCAGCAUGCAAGUUGUUUGGCGUCAAACCUUUUUGAUUUCAAAAACGUCAAUCUACUGUGUGAUGUGACACUUGUUUGUGGCAAAGCAGAAAUAACAGCGCAUAAAGUUAUUUUGGCAGCAUGUAGCAAAUACUUUCAAGCAAUGUUUACUACUGGUAUGUGUGAAACUUUGAAAACACAGAUUCCAAUGAAGAACAUUGAUACUGAUUCUUUAGCUAUUUUGGUGAACUAUGCUUAUACUGGUGUUAUUAUUAUCGAUGAAAUAAACGUCCAAACUCUUCUAGAGACAUCUGAUCUGCUGCAGUUUGAAUCUGCGAAAACGCUUUGUUGUGAUUUUAUCAAAGCACAGCUGAACUUAGAUAACUGUCUGGAUGUCUUCCAAUUUGCAGAGUUGUAUCACUGCGAUGAAAUUUUAUCAAUUUCACAGACAAUGUUUAAUAAAAAUUGGAAGAAGCUAAUUCAUACAGAUGCCUUUGCUUCAUUGGAAUACCAUAUUUUAGAGAAGCUCAUCUCAUCUGAUUCCUUGGAAUUGGUAAAGGAGUCCAGUCUUCUCUACAUCAUUUGUAAGUGGAUUGAAAGCCACGUAAAGGAAAGAAAAGAUCUGUUUUUGCCCCUGCUGCAACAUGUUCGAUGGACAUAUGUUGAGCCCAUUGAGUUAAAGCAUGUUGUUAAACACCAGCCACUUAUAGCAACUAACAAACAUGUCAAAAGUAUGGUGGAAAGUUACAUAGCACCAAAUCUUUGUUGUCCUUUAGUCCAUCAAAUGAGGAGGUCCUAUGAAUCUUGGAUGUAUGUGUUAGGUGGAGAACAGUCUUUCUUAAUGGAGUUAAAAUCUUGUGAAUUUUUUAAUCAUCAGUCUGCACAAUGGGAUUACGGUUUCUCCUUGCAUGGACCAAGAACCUCUUUUGCAGCUGUCAGUCAUAGUAAUAAAUUGUAUGUUAUUGGUGGCAUGCGUUUUGGUGAAAAGUUAAAAAUUGUUGAAUGUUUUAAUCACAAGGUGGGAAAAUGGAAAAGACUGGCAUCGUUGAAAAAGUGCAAAGGUGAUGUUGAAGCUGUUGUGUCAGAUGAAAUUGUUUAUGUAGCUGGUGGUUCCAGUGAUGGCGAGCCUGCUUGCAGGUAUGUUGAAAAAUACGACGAGAGUAACAAUCAAUGGCUUACUGUGGCUAGUAUGAAGUCAAGACGACGACGUUUCGGUUUGAGUGAGUACAAGUCCAAAUUGUACGCGUUUGGUGGAUUUCAAGAUAGUCAGGGCGAACUUCGAACAUGUGAAGUGUAUGAGCCUGACUCCAAUAUUUGGCAGAGCAUAGCACCGAUGAAAACUAACCGCUGUGAUCUUGGUGCUGCAGUACUUUCAGAUUGCAUUUACAUCACUGGUGGAGUGAACUCUUACACGGGUUCCAUAACUACGGUAGAAAGAUACAAUCCUGUCACAGACACGUGGUCGCAAUGUCAGCCAUUAUUGCAAGCACGUGGUGGGCACGCCAUGGUUACUUAUUUUGGAAGGAUAAUUGCUAUUGGUGGAAUGAACAGUUACAUGCAGACAUGUAAAGACGCAGAGUGGUAUAACGAGGUUACGAACGAAUGGAAAGUUCUUCCGUCGACGAAUAUGCCGCGUUUUGGUGGCGUUGCUGUUGUUUUACCCUUUUGCCGGCGGCCGACCACGUAUAAUGAAGAAGACGCUAGAAACAGUAGUAACACGUAACUUGUGAUCGAAAGAUGCAUACUGAAAAAGUGGAUGUGAAUUAUGCUACGACUGGUGGUACAAAAAUUGACCAGCGAUCUGGGAAACGUAUAAAAGUCGGUAAAUUUAAAAUAAACUGAGCCAAAGAAUGUUAGGAAUUUAGCCAUCUCUCCUUGAGUGCAGGUUAAAUAGUACCGUAUUUUUGUAAUAAGUAAUUUACGUAAGGAAGUCACGGAAGUUAUCUUUGUAGUCAGAAAAAAGUUAGGAAAAGUAACUGAAAGUUUGAUGGCUACCCUGGAAGAUUCCAAUGCCGAAACACCUUACGCAGCAGAACUCCGAGUGAUAUAUAAAGUUUAUUUUGAGAUGCCGAGAAUUCAUCACUAUUCAACUGCGAUACAUGACAAAACAAUUGCGCGCGCAU